UUCAAUUCUAGGGUUAGGGUUUAGGAGGGUUCGUCUUCCUUCAUCCUCAUCAUGACCGGCGCACAAUUCGGAGAAACUUUUACUGGUUUUUGAUUUUUUUGAUCUCGGUUAAGUGUUAAAUGGGGAGGGGCCAAGCAUCUACUCUGUUUCGAAUUUGUACUUGGGGGAAAAAUGCUCUUGGGGCAAGGGUUCUGUCGUGGAAUCGAUAUGUUCAUUCUUGUGGGCAAUUUGAGAGGUCGCUAUUGGAGAAAGAAAAAUUCAGCCCCGUAUUGGAUGUGCCCAAACGUGAAUUCUCGACCACCUUUAUAGACUUGGUUCGUCUGCAUUUGCCUUCAAAGGACAGUAAUUGUACGGAUUUUAGGCAUGUCAAUGCAAGACUGUUUUCUUCAUCCGGUAAAAAAGUUAAUUUUGUUGAUGAUGGUAGUGCUUCUGUAUCAGAAAUGGUGGAGUUGGAGGAAAAUGAUAGUUUGAGCUUGGAAGAAAGUGUAGGUGGUGAUGGAACUGGAGAUAGUGUUUUCAGUUUGAAAAUGAUUGAAUCGGAAUUUACUAAUGAUGAUGUGGGUAGCAGCGACUCUAGCAGGUUUCAGCUGGUUUCGACCUGGGAUCCUGUGGAGUUGUAUAAAGAGCUAAGGAAUGCUGAAAAGGGUGCCAAGCAAAAACGGUCUGAUUGGGAGGUCCUACGGGAAGUUUUUCAAUCCUUUUCGAAUUCAGGGUGGGCAGCCAAUCAGGCUCUUGCAAUUUACAUUGGCAAGUCGUUUUUCCCUACGGCUGCUAGCAAGUUUCGGAGCUUUUUCUUCAAGAAAUGUCCCGAUGAAGUUGCCAAGUAUUUGGUGUGGCUUGGUCCAUCUGAUGAGGCUGUAAAGUUUCUUUUCCCCGUAUUUGUUGAGUUCUGCUUGGAAAAGUUUCCUGAUGAGAUUAAGCGGUUUAAAAGUAUGGUGGAGUCGGCUGAUCUCACAAAGCCACACACUUGGUUUCCUUUUGCACGAGCGAUGAAACGUAAGAUUAUUUAUCAUUGCGGUCCAACAAACAGUGGUAAGACAUACAAUGCUUUGCAGCGAUUUAUGGAAGCAAAGAAGGGUAUUUAUUGCAGCCCUUUGAGGCUCUUGGCUAUGGAAGUUUUUGACAAAGUGAAUGCCAAUGGUGUUUAUUGUAGUCUUCUUACAGGUCAAGAAAAGAAACGUGUUCCAUUUUCUAAUCAUAUUGCUUGCACGGUGGAAAUGGUGUCAACAGAUGAAAUGUAUGAUGUUGCUGUCAUUGAUGAAAUCCAGAUGAUGGCAGAUCCAUCUAGAGGUUUUGCAUGGACAAGAGCAGUGCUUGGAUUAAUGGCAGAUGAAAUACAUUUGUGUGGAGAUCCAAGUGUUCUGGAUGUUGUUCGGAAGAUAUGUUCGGAAACUGGAGAUGAGUUGUAUGAGCAACACUAUGAGAGGUUCAAACCAUUAGUUGUUGAGGCCAAGACCUUGUUAGGAGAUCUUAAAAAUGUACGAUCUGGGGACUGUGUAGUUGCAUUUUCUAGGAGAGAGAUAUUUGAGGUGAAAUUGGCCAUUGAAAAACACACCAACCACCGUUGUUGUGUUAUCUAUGGUGCUUUGCCACCAGAGACUCGUAGACAGCAAGCUAACUUGUUCAAUGAUCAAGGUAACGAAUUUGAUGUGCUGGUUGCAAGUGAUGCUGUGGGAAUGGGUUUGAAUCUUAAUAUAAGAAGAGUUGUUUUUUACAAUCUCUCAAAGUACAAUGGUGACAAGAUUGUUCCAGUUCCUGCAUCACAGGUUAAGCAGAUUGCAGGAAGAGCUGGUAGGAGGGGAAGCAUAUACCCAGAUGGACUCACAACAACAUUGCACUUAGAGGAUUUGGAUUACUUGAUUGAGUGUUUGAAACAACCUUUUGAACCGGUUAAGAAAGUGGGUCUCUUUCCUUUCUUUGAGCAAGUUGAGCUAUUUGCUGGCCAACUCUCAAAUGUUACUUUCUGCCAGCUGCUUGAAAAGUUUGGCGAAAAUUGCCGUUUAGAUGGAUCCUACUUCCUAUGUAAACAUGACCAUAUAAAGAAAGUAGCUAAUAUGUUGGAAAAGGUGCCGGGAUUAUCUUUGGAAGAUCGGUUCAACUUUUGUUUUGCUCCUGUUAAUAUUAGAGACCCCAAAGCAAUGUACCAUCUUCUGAGGUUUGCUACAUCUUAUAGUCAAAAUGUUGCUGUUAGUGUUGCAAUGGGCAUGCCAAAAGGUUCUGCUAGAAAUGAUGCUGAACUCUUAGAUCUCGAGACUAAGCAUCAGGUGUUGUCGAUGUAUCUUUGGUUGUCCAACCAAUUCAAAGGGGAUGUUUUCCCGUAUGUGAAGAAGGUUGAGGAAAUGGCAGUGAACAUUGCUGAAUUAUUGGGUCAAUCUCUUGCCAAUGCUUCUUGGAAACCAGAAUCAAGGCAGGCAGGAAAGCCAAAGCCUCAGGAGAAGGAAGGUGGUUAUGAGAGACCAAGAUCACUCAUCAAAGCGUAUGAGAGGAAAAGGCAAGACGAGACCCCGCUGCCAGAGCAUUCAGAGACAGUAGCAGCUUGAUGAUUUUUCAGAAAUUUGGAAUCUGAAACAAACUGCACAGAAAAGAAGCUAGCAUUUCUAUCAAAUUUAUGCAUGGAACUGUAGAACUACUUAUGUUAUCAUGUUAACCAAGGGCAUGAAGAAAAAGACGGUUUCUUGACACCAACAUCUGGGAAUCAUCAGUCAUCAGAAUUAUCAACCCUUUCAGAAAUGUAGCAAAGGACUAGCAUUCUGAGUGGAGCUACUUGUAUAGAGAAAUUUGUUAUAUGAUGUUCCCUUUUUCCAACUGGUAACUCUAUAUGUGGAAGAAACAGGUCAGAGGAAGGAAUAGGAAAUUUUCAGUAUUUGUAUAUUUUUCUCAUUCCAUCAUAAUUAGUUUCCGACAGCAAUCAUAUCUUAACUAUGUUAUUAUCUACUGUAUUAUUGGAGACGGCAUUUGUAGA